GCGUUUUUGAGAUUUAGGGUUCUUGGGCUAUGCCGCUCGUGGCGUGCGGGGUGUGGCUCCCUGGGAGCGAUGCUGCUGUGAUCCGGCAGCAGUGCAGCGUGGAUCGCAAGAAAUGCGGCCGGGCGAUGAGAAUGCUGGCGGAGAUUUCGCUGUGGAGGGACGAGGAGGCGGCGGAUGGGAAGGAUGCGGAGGUGGAGGAGGGGAUUUUCGAGUCGGUUGUGAAGCGUCCAGCGGCGGCGCCUCCACUGGGCGCAAGGACGAGAUUUGUGGCUCAGGUACCAGUUAGAGGCUUGGUCCCCGAGAGAUGGAGGGAUUUGCAAGAUGAUCUCAACAGGACCAAGCGGCAGAAGAGGAGAGAGGUUCUCAAGGGGAGAAGGUCGAGGAGCAAGGAGGAAAAGGCUAAGCUACGGGAGAAGCUUGGCGAAAUCAUUGACGAGGCCAUCCAACAGGAGAAGAUCGAAGAAGAAGAAGAAGAAGAAGAAGAAGAAGUCGCACACACUGUCUUUGAAGGUGGUCGUCAACUUCAUCGAGCUUCUUAUCGCCACGAAGAACUCAGUGAUGAUUUGGAGCUCGGAGAUGACAAUGGUGGCGAGCUUGUUUCGGCCGAGCGUUCGCAAAAUCUAGACAACUGUGGCAAGGCCACGCGGAAAAAUUCGAAACAGGCGAAGAAGGUGACCGAGCCAGCUCCACCAAACUAUUCCAAAGGAGAAAAUCUCAAAGGAAAUGAGAGGAAGCUCUUCCAGGAGUGCGACCGCCGAACUAUCGAGAAAAGAAGUUGUGAGAAAUGGAUGCCUUUACACACGCUGGCCUCGCCACAGCAGCCAUUUCUUGUUGCGGAGCUGAUGCAACAGGAUGAUCACGAAGACAAUGUGAACGAGGAAGGAGUUACGGUUUUGCGUAAAGCUGUUCAAGCUGGCAGACUUCACAUCGUCAAACAUUUAAUCCAUGGUGGAGCCAACGUUUUCUACCGGGACAAGGAUGGCUCAACGCUCUUACACCAUGCAGUCGCCAGUGGGAGUCCCAGUGUCGUGAGACUGCUGCUAAAAUAUGGAGUGCAUGUAAACUCUGUUGACAAGGCCGGCUGGACACCGCUCCAUGUCGCGGUUUGCUGCCAACAGAGAGAUAUACUUCGCGUCUUGCUCAAUCGUGGAGCCGACUGGACAAUUGCUAACGAGGAUGGAGAUACACCACUUGAUUUAUCCGGUAAUGGCACUUCUGGACUUGAUGGAAAAUCGGGAUAGGACAUUACGCAUGCCGAUUGAGGUGGUGUCCAGGCAUGAAGGUCUCAAAGCUGCUAGUCGUAUGCCAAGCAACAAUGCAUGCUCGCGAACAGGACCUCAGGUCAACCUGGGAAACACCACCUCAAACGCUCGCGUUUGAUCCGCCAGUGGAAGCAACAGGAUCGUUCCUCUUCAUGGAUGAAGGGAUGGCUCGUCGAUGACGGAGCUCCCUCUAAUUGGCUUGAUCUCGUCCAAUCACGUACGAAGCCAUGCACAAAGGUAACUGUGAAUAUCCAUAUCGUGCUAUAUAAUAGGACCUUAGGUUUUGUCAUAGUUUUACCCUUUGGUUUUAAAUUGACAAUGAGCAUCAAGAACCAACACA